AUGGUGAAAGAGGUUCAGUCGGUUGAAGAGUUCGAUCAAAUUCUAGCAGGAACUGAAAAGCUUGUUGUGGUUGACUUUUAUGCUGUCUGGUGUGGUCCUUGCCGGUUCAUCGCCCCGGUCUUAGAACGACUCCAGGAGGAGUACGCGGGUACAGUCGAGUUCAUCAAAGUGGACGUGGACAAGCUUCCGGAUCUUGCCCAGCGUUGCGGGGUUGCAGCGAUGCCGACGUUCAUAUUUUAUAAAGGAGGAAAGAAGAUCGAUGACUUGACGGGUGCGAAUGAGAGCGUUCUGCGGGAAAAGGUUCGUAAGCACAAGUGA